AUGGCUCGUUUGGUCUACUUCACUCUGCUGCUGUUACUGCUUGCUUCUACUGCACCUAGGGCGUCAUGCACAUUUUUUGAGCAUCUCGCUGCUCCCGUUACGUACCGAAUAGGUACAGAUAUUCCCAUUACGGUGAACUCGCUGACGUCUAGUCGAGGCCUGCUUCCCUACAAUUUCUACUUCGUGAAGACCUGUCGGCCCGAUCCACGGCGGAUGAAGGAUGAACACGUCCACGAAAACCUUGGUGAGAUUAUUCUUGGCAACCGCAUCUCACCCUCCAUGUAUUCUGUGAAAGUUGGAGAAAAUGUUACUUGUCGGGAGGUGUGUUUUGUGGCGUAUUCCUCUGAGGAAAUGAACCGACUCAAGAAACUCAUUAACCAGCAUUAUCGUGCCCACAUGUUUCUUGACGAUAUCCCACUUCUGGAAAGGUCCGGUGCUGGUGCAGCUAAUCCCCGUCUCCGCGUUGGCUACCGCCUUGGUGUACCCGCGGCGAAAAAUGGAUCUACAACGACGAUCAUUCACAAUUAUCUGAAUUUUAAGGUAUCUCACAGGCCGUUGGGGAAUGGCGAGCACAUGAUUACUGGUUUUUACGUCACACCAAGUUCCGUCAACGUACUCACAGGCUGUCCAGAUGCGGCGAUGGCGGCUGAGGGGUCGAUUCUACCCGUGACCCCUGAAACGAUGGACCUGAAGUACUUUUAUUCUUUGUCAUGGGAAUUAGAUACGGAGAACGCGGAUGGGUUUUUGUCGACGCGGUGGGAUAUAUACGCUCGUGCAGGUAAUCCAUCAAGAAAACGAGGACACUUGAUGGCAAUCUUGAAUUCCCUCGCGUUACUAACUUUCCUGGGAACGAUUGUCAUGAUUAUUUUGGCACGCACCGUUCGCAAAGAUUUGUUGAGCUACGCAGAUGCCAGUUUGGCUGAGGAGAAUCAAGAAGAAUCCGGGUGGAAACUUGUGCGCGGUGACGUAUUCCGUGCACCACCGGGGGCUUUUCUUUUGACUGCCCUGGUCUCUACUGGCUGCCAAGUGGUUUUUAUGGCAGGUGUGGUGGUGCUUGCGGCGUUUCUGGGCGUUGUGCAUCCAACACAGCGUGGUAACCUGUUAACAAGCCUCAUCAUUUUCUUCUGCUUUUCCGGAAGCAUCUCUGGCUAUGUGGCUGGUAGGAUGCUUAAGUUUUUCCGUAAACAAAGUUGGAAAAAUGGGUUCACUGCGGUCAAUCUGGUUCCUGUAUGCUUGUUGAGUACAUAUCUCUUUGCCAACUUAAUCAGUUGGGCAAAACAUGCCAGUACCGCCAUUCCCUUUACAACGCUUCUGGGAGUUCUCUUUUUGUGGAUUGCCGUGCCCAUUCCACUGUCCUUCUUGGGGCUCUCCACUGGGUUUCGUUCGGCAGUGCUAAGCGUGCCGGUGAAGGUGAGCAGUAUCCCGCGCAUUGUGCCAGAGAAGAAUGUAGGUAAGCGUUUACUUUACGUUGUUGGGGCCGGGAUUAUUCCCUUCACCGCAGCUUUUGUAGAGGUUGUCUACAUUUUGGGCUCGUUUUGGAGAGGGGAACCGUUUCAUUAUUUUGGUUACCUGGCCGCCAUUCUCUUUGUCAUUGUCUGUAUUUGCGCCGAGGUGGCGGUGGUUGUGACGUAUACGAUGCUCUCCGACGAGGACUACCAGUGGUGGUGGGUGAGUUUUAUGACGUCUGCUUUCAGUGGCUUCUACUUUUUCUUUUACAGCCUUGUCUACCUCUUUGCGGUGCUCGAGAUCCGUCAGCUGCUUUCCAUUGUGCUAUAUUGCCUCUACACUAUGGGGGUCUCGGUUUUGCUGAGUGUAGCGCUGGGGACACUGGGGUUUCUAGCAUCUGCCCUAUUUGUACGAGGCAUCUAUGAUGCAAUCAAAGCAGACUAA